UCUCUCACGACUUCUAUUCUAGGGUUCUUCUCUCUCUAGAUUUGAAGAGUAGCCCUUGCAGAAGCUGUAGCUUUUCCAAUGUACUAGUACUUGUGGUUAGAAGAGAGAAGAGGAGAUUCCCUAUAAUUAUAUUAGAAAAUGUUGGGGAAGAGGGUUAGGUCGACGGUGAAGAAGACGACAACUACGUCGGAGGUUACCUUUGAGCUGAUCACCAGCAACGAAUCUCAGCCGGUCCAACCAUUACCAUACAACCCUCUCAACAUCGUAGCGCUCGGCGAUCAACUCAGACAAGUCCGUACGAGGAAUUUCGGUGGCUUUACAGCUCCUCCUCAGACUCCUACAAAUAGUACUUCUCACUUUCUCAGAGUGUGCUACCUCUGCAAACGCCUCAUCCGUCUUGAUUCUGAUACUUAUAUGUAUAGAAGUAUUGCUUUUUGCAACCAAGAGUGUAGGCAAAUGAUGAUUAGCCACGAUGAGAGAAUGGAAAAAAUGGAGAAAAUUAAUAAGCGUGGAAGUUCUAACAAAGAAGCUAACACAGCUGCCACGUCAGCCAGACCCCAUGUCUUUACCAAAUCCGAAACUACUACCUUCCCUGCCCUGUGGCCAUCGGUUUUUACCCCCAAAAAAUGACGUCCUCUUUUACUUGCCUACUUAUAAUGUUACAUAUUAUUUAUAUAUAUAUAUAUAUAUAUAUUUGUGUGUGAAAUAUAUAUAAUGGGUAUGUAGCUAUUUGAGGGGUAAUUUAGAUGUUAUAUAUAUAUAUAUAUAUAUAUGUAUUAUAUGCAUGUGUGAUCAUAUGUAUGUGAAAUGGGCUAAUAAUUAUGAAGCUUCUUAUUUGAUCAAUCAUGUAAACCGUUGAAAGAAAAGAAAAGAAGAAGCUUUAUAAUCCCAACUUGAUGUAGUUAGCUAUCUUAGUUGAUGGGAUUAUAUAGGUAGAUGUUAUCUAUCUUUGUAUUAUGUGUGCAUGUAAAAUGGUAUUAUGAUGCUUCUUCUUUGAUCAAUCAUGUGAACCGUUGAAGAAGUGGUGAACUUUGAUGUUAUCUUUUGUAUUAUUAUAUGUGUGAACAUGUAAUUAAUGUAUGGUUUAAUU